UUAGGAAAUGGUUUCACUUGGCCAAUUCCUAGGGUGACAGUAGAAGUGAGUCAGUUAUUUGGCCAAGCAAUCUAGCACCACCAGUCAGUCAAGUUUGCAACAGAUUCAAGACAAAAGGUUUGUUCUUUCCUCACUUCUCUCAUAUGAUUCUCUUGCUCCUCAUUAUAAACAGUUUGUUCUAAACAUCUCUUUUCAUCAUGAUCCUUCUUCCUACAAAGAGGCCUCUAAGUCAGCAGCCUGGAAUGCUGCAAUGCAGCAUGAGAUCAAAGCUUUGAUAAAAAACCAAACAUGGGAUGUAGUGAAUCUACCUGUUGGAAAGAAACCUAUUGGGAACAAAUGGGUUUACAAAACCAAAUUUGAAUCAGAUGGGAGCCUUGAUAGGCUCAGAGCCAGACUAGUUGCCAAAGGCAAUUCUCAGCAAGAAGGUGUGGAUUUUCAGGACACCUUUGCUCCAGUGGUCAAAAUGACCACAGUCAGAACUUUUUUGGCUAUUGCAUACAUGAAAAACUGGCACAUUCACCAGUUAGAUGUCAAUAAUGUUUUCCUCCAUGGAGAUCUCCAGGAGGAAGUCUAUAUGACAUUGCCUAAAGGUUAUGAUCCGCCUCCUGGAUUUAUCAACCCAGUUUGCAAAUUAAAGAAAUCUCUUUAUGGUUUAAAGCAAGCUUCACGCCAAUGGUUCUCUAAGUUAACAGAAAAGAUUCAGACUCUGGGAUACAUUCAAAUCAUGGCAGAUCAUUCACUGUUCUUCAAGGUAACAGACUCAACCUACACUUGCAUACUCAUCUAUGUUGAUGAUAUGUUAGUUGGAGGCAAUGACUUAACAGAGAUCACAAGGUUAAAACAGUUCCUUCAUAAUGAGUUCAGCAUCAAAGAUAUGGGGAACUUGAGAUUCUUUUUGGGAAUUGAACUGGCAAGGAACAACAAAGGCAUUCAUUUAUCUCAACGCAAGUACACAUUGGAAAUCCUUGAAGAAGCUGAGUUGCUGGAUUCCAAGGGUGUUACAACACCAAUGGACUACAAACUACAUCACUCCAGUCAGGUUGAAACACCCUAUGAAGACCCUGAACAUUAUAGGACUCUUGUUGGCAAGCUGAUUUACCUAACUACAAUUAGGCCUGACAUCAGUUUUGCUACUCAGCAACUCAGCCAGUUCAUGUCUAAUCCAAGCACAGUUCAUUACAAAGCUGUACUAAGAGUUCUACGCUACUUGAAGACAGCUCCUGCCACAUGACUCUUCUUCCCUUCCAAAGGCUCUUUUCAGUUAAAGGCAUUCACAGACUCGGAUUGGGCAGCAUGUAUUGAUACAAGACGCUCCACCACAGGUUAUUGUGUUUACCUUGGUGACUCUCUUAUCUCGUGGAAAAGCAAGAAGCAAAAGACAGUCUCCCGUUUGUCUUGUGAAGCUGAAUACCGAGCCCUGGUAUACACAACUUGCAAGAUCCAAUGGUUACUGUUUCUGUUGAAGGACUUCCAGAUUGACCAUCCGAAGCCAGCUGCUCUCUUCUGUGACAAUCAAAGCGCCACAUACAUUGCCCAGAAUCCAACGUUCCACGAGCGCACGAAGCACAUUGAGCUCGAUUGCCACCUCGUGCGUGAGAAAGUUCAAUCUGGUAUUGUCAAACUGCUCCAUGUCUCCUCCAAUCAUCAAUUGGCUGAUAUUUUCACCAAGCCCUUGUCUCCUGCACCCUUUCAAUUACUUUUCUCCAAGCUUGGUGUGCAUAAUCUAUGCCCACUAGCUUGCGCCGGGGGGGGGGGGGGGGGGGGGGGGGGGGGGGUAACAGCAAAUGCAGAUUUGCAACUUUCCCGACCCCCAAUUUCAAACCAACGGUUCACUCUUGAUCAAUGAAGAAGAAGACUGAAGUGGCGUCGUUUUUGUUUCAAGCGAGCAGCUCUCCACAACGCUGCCGUUUCGUUUAGUUUCUUUGCUGUUGUCUAACGUUGUCGUUCCAGUCUUUCGUUUUCCCUUUUGCUUUCUGCACAAGUACUUUGUUUCCUAUCCAAGCUACCAAACAAGAGUGUGGAGCUGGUUGUCUUCUUGCUUGUAAUCAGCCUAUAUAAGGCAGAGAUGAAAUGAAAGAAAAACAAGCUUUAGGGUUUUCAGUUCAACCUGGUUGUUACUCAAAUCAAGUCUAAAUCAAACCGGAGAAGAACUUUUUUUUUUAAUAAACUAAAGGUUGUAGAAAAAUGACAAUUUACAUAAUUUUCACGAAUUUUGAGACUAGUUCACGAAGAGCAUAGCUCUCGAAAUAUGAUGACUAGGUAUGCAAGUCUUGGAAUUGAGUGAUGCACUCUCUUUGGUUUUGGAGUUCGCCUUAGCUAGCUCCUUAUACCCUUCGACACUUAAAUCUAAUACUCCAGUCUAGUAAGCUUAAGCAUGAAGGUCCCCAAUGCCAGGCUUAACAGUAGAGGUGAUUAAUUAUGUAAAUGUUGAAUAGUUUAGGUACUAAAUUGAUUAACAAUAAAGGUGGCAAAUGGGUUCGAUUUAUUGAUUGUUGGAUUAUAUUUUUUUAUCCAAGCGACAUCAAAAUAUUGAUCAUUAUAUAAAUGUUAGAAAAGUUUAGGUACUAAACUGUCAUUAUAAAAAUUUAAGUACCAAAACAAAAUCUUUGAAUGAUAUUUUACGUUAAAAUUCAAUUUCAAGCAUCAAAAUAUAAAAUAUAAAAAGUAUAGCUAUUAACAGUAAUAUUCCAAAUAUACAUGAAUCAAUCCGUCCAAUUGAAUUUGGAUUUAAAAUGAUUGAAUUAAUUGGAUAUUUUAUUAGAUGAAUUCGAUUGAAUUGAUAGAUUGAAUUCAAAUUGUCACAUCUAAGUAAUGCUUAUCUUGUAUAUAUAUAUAUGUUUAAUCAGUCCAAAUUUUAAACACCUGAGACCAAUAAUCUAUGAUUCUAUGGGGAGAGUUCUGGGGCUCAAGAUAGGGUGCAUAACCAUGGGUUAUGCACCCAUGCAUAACCAAAUCUGGAGUUAUCAUUUAGAAAAUCCAGAUUUAAGGAUGGAGAAUUAAAGACCAUUUUUAUU